AUGGCUGAUAAUAAUGUAUUUUCACCAUCUCCCUCCUUUAGCAGGUGUAUCAGUCAGCCUCAAGAAUCCUCUGAGGAUCUGAGCACUCCACCCUCCAAGAGAUCCAAGGGUAGACCUAAGGGUUCCAAAAACAAACCCAAACCACCAUCAAUAAUCAAGGUGGAACCUGAAACAUAUAUGGAACCUAUUUUGAUUGAAAUCCCUGCUGGAGAAGAUGUCGUGGAAUCGAUAAUCAAGACGGCUUGGCGUCAUGAAGCUGAUAUCUCAGUCCUGAGAGGCUUUGGUCUUGUCUCUGGGAUUACCCUUCUCGACUCGGCCUCCCAGAACUCUCCGUUCACUAUCCGGGGAGAAUGUCAGAUGAUAUCUCUCUCAGGAACCUAUGUUUACCCUAAUUCUGAUCGUGUUCCGUCCGAGUUCAUCGUGGCACCUGAUUGUUCGUCUUUUUCCAUUCACUUGUCUGGUAAUCACGGUCAAGUGUUCGGCGGCGUUGUUGGAGGUAAGGUUAUCGCUUCCAGUGUUGUUAUGGUUACUGCCACUCUCUUGAGGAAGCCGAAGUUCUACAGGGUGGCCUCGUUCGAUGGAAGCGUCCGCGAAGUUGAGAAGACCGAUCGCGGUGGUGCUAUCGUCCGCGCCGAUGCUGUUGCACUUGCACCUGAACAUAGCAGCCACAACAACACUGCCAAUGUGUUCCAUUAUGGGGUUGGAAGUUCCAGUUCAGCUCAGCUAAACCGCCAAGUCCUCAAUGCUCCUCAUGCUUAUGUGAAUGCCAUGCAGUGGAGCAACUCUCGUAUUAAUAAUAAUCACUAG